AUGCCAAAAAGCAAAGUGUUUUCGAGGGUUAAGCCCUUUCUUGCAGUUCUGUUUUUGCAGUUUGGGCUAGCGGGGAUGGAUGUUAUUUCCAAAGUUGCACUCGAUCAAAUGAUGAGCACCUAUGUGUUUGUCGUGUAUUACCACGCUAUUGCCACUAUUCUUACUGCUCCCUUGAAAAGUGAGGCCAAAGAUGACAAAAGCAAUGUUUGGAAAGUUUAUUCUUCUUGCCUUACUAGAACAUUUAGUAGAAAUCUAUUUCAAUACAUAUAUCUGGUUUCUGGCAGGCUUGAGAAGGUUAAGUUGAAGAGUAUCAGAAGCCAAGCUAAAAUAGGCGGCACACUGACUACUAUCGGAGGAGCCAUGCUCAUGACGUUUGUCAAAGGACCAGUUAUUCAUCUAAUGUGUACAGAAGGAAGAACCAAUCCUGUUCAACGAAGUAAUGGAGUAGGUUAUCAACAUUCACUAAGGGGUUCUCUUAUGAUAACUGCUUCAUGCUUCAGUUGGGCUUGUUUUAUGGUUCUACAAGCAAAUACACUAGAGACAUAUCCUGCUGAGCUCUCUUUAACAGCUUGGAUAUGCCUGAUGGGCACCGUGGAGGGGGCCGUACUUGCCCUUGUAAUGGAGAGGGGAAAUGCUGCUGUUUGGUCCCUCAAUUUCGACGCUAAACUACUAGCAGCUGUCUACAGCGGCAUAAUUUGUUCAGGACUCGCUUAUUAUGUUCAAGGAAUUGCAAUGAAAGACAGAGGACCUGUUUUUGUAACGGCUUUCAAUCCACUGGGCAUGAUCCUUGUCGCCGUCUUAGGAUCCUUCAUCUUAGCAGAACAAAUACACCUGGGAGGGGUCAUCGGAGCCUUUGUGAUAGCUGUAGGAGUUUACCUUGUUGUGUGGGGUAAGAGCAAAGAUUACAAGCCCCGGGACCUGUCAAUAGACAAUGAAAAUGCAUUGAAGUCUGAACAAAUAAUAGACGUAAGCAGAAUGAAUGAUGAGGAAAAUCACAAGGUGUCUGAACAAAUGAUAGAAGCAAGCAGAAUUUAUGACAAGGAUCAUCACGAGGUUCUAGCCAUAAGUGAAUCUAUGGAGGAAGAAAAAGAAUCAGACAAGACUCUUGUAAAUUAAAUAAAGCUUUUAGCUGCUGUCUACUCUUCUUAAAUAAAACAAAUGCAAAAACUUAUUAUAAAAACAUCCUAGUCUUAGAGGGGUGUAUUCGAUCGAGAUUUUAAUGGAUUGUUUUUAGUCCAUGGAUUUUAAUGGAUCAU